AUGCGGGCGGGCGCCAGGCUCCCGCGGCGGCGGCAGCUGCAGCAGCAACAGCAGCCCCGGCGGCGGCCGCCUCUCCUGUGGCCGAUGAACGCAGACCCGCCGCCGCCGCCCUGGGUCUGGAUGGUUCCCGGCGCGGCCGGGCUGCUCCGGCUCGGCCCCGGGGUCGCGCCCCCGCCGCUGCUGCUCGCCGCGGCCCAGCCCGCCGCGGCCCCGCUGCUCCCCGGGCUGCCCGGCUGGCCAGCCCCGGGCGAGCCCCUGCUGCCUCUGCUGCCUCUGCCCUCUGCGCCGGACCACGCCGCCGUGCACCACUAUCCCCUGCUCCACGGCCAGUGGCUGAUCAGUGGCCAUUCUCCACCGACGGGACUGUCCCCCUCUUCCACGGUGGAGUUGGUGCCCAUUUUCCCACACAUCUGCCCUUCUGCUCUGCCACCUCGUGUUGGGAGAAGUUGGAUAGAUAAAAGAAUGCCUAACUGUAAGAUUUUUGUGAAUAACUCCUUUGCUCUGGACUCCACGUGGAUACACCCUGGGGACUCAGGACUGCUCCACCUGCUCGAGAAGCCUCCUGUGCUGGAUCAAGUGGCUCUGACUCUGUCCAGGCCCAUUGCUGCCUCCAGGCCUCGUCCUGCUGUGGUGCUAGGGCCUCAGCCAAUGCCAGGUGGUUGCCAUAACAGCCUUAAGCCAAUCAGCAACAGUCCCACCAUCGCCAUCGCAGCCGCCGCUGCAGCCGCUGCCGCCGCUAUGGUCUCCGUGGACCCUGAGGGACUCCGGGGUCCAUCCCCUGCCAGCGUGCAGCCCUGCCACUUCCUGACAUUGGCGCCCAUCAAAAUACCGCUCCUGACGGCCCCCUUCUCAGAUAGAAGCAAAGAGCUCAGCCGAGCGCCCUGUCCCCCAGCCCUGAUGCUGCACAGCGCAGAGAGCAAGAGCCCGGCCGGAGUCGAGGAGGACAAGGAGCCUCCAUCCAUGCUGGAGAGUGGGGAGGACAGCACCCCAAAAGGCAACAGACCUGUGGCCUCCACCCCGGUGCCUGGAUCCCCCUGGUGCGUGGUCUGGACGGGCGAUGACCGGGUCUUCUUCUUCAACCCGACGAUGCAGCUGUCCGUCUGGGAGAAGCCUGUGGACCUGAAGAACCGUGGGGACCUCAAGAGGAUCAUCGAGGACCCACCCCACAAGCGCAAGCUGGAGGCCUCAGCAACCGAUAGCAGCGAUGGAUCCAGUUCGGAAGAUGGCAGGGAAUACCAAAGUGUGAAAACCAAGAGGAAUCGGACUGAAGGCUGUGAGAGUCCUGGGCCUGAGGAGCCACAGCCAGAGGACAGAGGCACACGGACACCGCCCCCCCAGAUUCUGCUGCCCCUGGAGGAGCGCGCGACCCACUUCCGAGACAUGCUCCUGGAGAGAGGGGUGUCAGCGUUUUCUACUUGGGAGAAAGAAUUGCACAAAAUUGUGUUUGACCCGCGCUAUCUCCUGCUAAACUCUGAGGAGCGGAAACAGAUAUUUGAACAGUUUGUCAAGACGAGAAUAAAAGAAGAAUACAAGGAAAAAAAAAGUAAAUUGCUGCUAGCCAAAGAAGAGUUCAAAAAGCUCCUGGAGGAAUCUAAAGUGUCACCCAGGACCACAUUUAAGGAGUUUGCUGAGAAGUAUGGUCGGGAUCAGAGGUUUCGACUUGUUCAGAAAAGAAAGGAUCAGGAGCAUUUUUUCAACCAAUUUAUACUUAUCCUUAAGAAACGGGACAAAGAAAACAGACUAAGGCUACGGAAAAUGAGAUGA